GAAGUUUUCCAUCGAUUAGGCCUUCUCUUUACCUUUAAAAUAUAAUACUCAUAAUAAAUACUUUGUACAAUAUACGAGUAUAAAGCAACACUAUAUCUACUUAUAUAUCUAGGCACCCUUCCUGCCUCUCAUACAAAGUAUUACACAAGUGAACAACCAUGGAAGGUCCAAAAAUGCCCACCACUACCACCAACCCUCCACUCCACACUCACAAGCUCCUCCGUCGUCGAGCCACGUUCAAUCGCCUUUACAUGGCGGUUUACGUGACGGCUUUACUAACCUUUCUCUACCACCAUAUACACACACUCCUCAACUCAUCUUUUACUCUCCCCCUUCUCCUCCUCCUCGUCUCUGACCUAGUCCUCGCCUUCUCAUGGGUCUGCACCCAAUCCUACCACGUCCUCCCUAUUCGCCGCCAAGAACACCUCGAAACACUAACCUUAAACAAAGGAGAGGAAGCAUUCCCAUCGGUUGACAUAUUCAUAUGUACAGCGGACCCUGAUAAGGAGCCGCCCAUGGGGACAGUGAACACGGCGUUGUCGGUCAUGGCUUAUGAUUACCCACCGGAGAAGAUAUCGGUGUAUGUGUCCGAUGAUGGUGGGUCCCAGGUUACUCUAUUUGCUUUCAUGGAAGCUGCUAAGUUUGGCCGCCAUUGGUUACCUUUCUGUAGGGAAAAUAAUGUGGUGGAAAGGUGUCCUGAAGCUUACUUUAAUGGCGGUUUCUACGCUACUAGUCGUUCGCUUGAAGCUGACAAAAUGAAGACAAUGUACGAAAGCAUGAAGGUAAGAGUAGAAAAUGCACUAGAAAGAGGGAAGGUUGAAGAGAGGCAUAUUGAUGACGAAGGAAUGUUAGAGGCCUUUGCCAAAUGGACCAACAACUUUACACGUCAAGUUCAUCCUACCGUAAUACAGGUUUUACUAUCUACUACGAAAGACAAAGACGUUACUGGUAAAUUGAUGCCAAACUUGAUAUAUGUAUCAAGAGAGAAAAGUAAGGUCCAUCACCAUCGCUUCAAGGCAGGUGCCCUCAAUGCUUUGGUUCGUGUAUCAGCAACAAUGACAAAUGCACCAAUAGUGCUAACCUUGGACUGUGACACAUACUCUAAUGAUCCACAAAUCAUCAAACGGGCUUUAUGUUACUUUUUGGAUCCUGAAAUUCGGCCCACAUUAGCAUAUCUUCAAUUUCCACAAAUCUUUCGUGGGCUUAACAAAGGUGACAUCUAUUUCAGUGAACAUAAACGUCUUUUCCAAAUCAACCCAUUGGGAAUGGAUGGGCUUUAUGGCCCAAAUUAUGUUGGAACUGGAUGCUUCUUUCAACGUCGAGCCUUCUUUGGAAGCCCGUCAUCUUUGAUCCAGCCUGAAGUCCCCGAACUUAGCCCCAAUCAUGUCGUAAAUAAGCCCAUUAGAUCACAGGAGAUUCUUGAAUUGGCCCACUCCGUCGCUGCUUGCAAUUAUGAGAACAAAGAGGAGUGGGGCGAGAAGUUGGGCUUCCGGUACGGGUCGUUAGUGGAGGACUAUUAUACGGGCUAUCGGAUGCAAUGUGAGGGAUGGAGGUCCAUGUUUUGCAGCCCACAAAGGCCGGCUUUCUUGGGGGACUCACCAGUGACACUAAUUGACUUGCUAAGCCAAUGUAAGAGGUGGAUAAAUGGGCUUCUUGAUGUUCUCUUCUCAAGAUAUAGUACUAUGACUUAUGGUAUUCAGAAAUUGGGCCUAGUCAUGAGUUUCACUUAUACACAUUACACACUUUGGCCCAUUAUCUCCAUUCCAUUCACCAUUUAUGCCUUCAUCCCUCAACUUGCUCUCAUUAAAGGAAUUUCCACCUUCCCAGAGAUUUCAGACCCAAGGUUUCUCUUGUACAUAUUUCUAUUCAUUGGGGCCAACGGAAAAGACCUAAUAGACUUUCUUCUAGAGAAAGGAACCUUCGAAAGGUGGUGGAAUGCUCAAAGAAUGUUGAUGAUAUGUGGACUCUCAAGUUUCCUCUUUGGAUGCAUUGACUACGCUCUUGGCUCCUUAGGCAUCACGAUUCGUGGAUUUGAUGUCACUAGCAAACUGCAAGAUAAUGAACUAAGCAAGAGGUACGAUCAAGGGACUUUCGAGUUUGGUGUCGCGUCACCUAUGUUUGUGCCUAUGACAAUGGCAGCCAUAAUCAACCUUAUAUCCUUUGUUAUGGGUGUUUUAGGGGUGUUUAGAAAGGGAAUGGAAAAUAUGGAAGGGCUAAUUUUGCAGAUUUUGUUGUCUGGUUUUGUGGUGAUUAAUUGCUGGCCACUUUAUCAGGCAAUGGUAUUUAGGAGUGACAAAGGGAGGAUGCCCACUAAAAUCACCUUAAUUGCUGCUUUUCUAGCUUCAAUUUUGAUUGUGGGAAGCUAAACUAUGGUUUAUAUAUAAACUCUUGUUUGUACUACUAAUAUAAAUCAUAAUGGAAUUUCCCUUGGCUUCUAAAUAAAAUUUGAGUAGACCACAUUACCAUACGUCUGACGGUCUGA